AAGUACUCGAUUGAUGGAGACGAGUGCAGAGAACCGCAAAGAGAAUAAUAUGAAGAAACUGAAUAGGAAGAAGAAGAUCUCUCUCGAUUGCUACCUUGAUUUCCUUCUCUCUCGCAAUGACCUUAAUCUCACCGUCGAUUUCAUCCAUCAGAUCAUUAACAUGCACGGUUUCAGGCAUAUCCGAACAGUUCGCAAGAAAGAGAUAGUCGAUGCGCUGAGUAAACUUGAUCUGAUGGAUCCGUCGCGCUCAACACUGAGAGAAAACAUCAGCCCUGGCGCAUCUCUGACUGUGGAAGACGUGAUUGGAGACCUCAACGAUCUCAACUGGCAGGAGUGCUGCUCCGUCAAAACGGUCACCUCGUGGAAAGGGAGAUUGUUCCCGUCGUUCGGAUCCGACGCCGCCGCCCAACCUCCAUCUCUUCAAUGCACUAAUAUCUCGGGAAAACCGAAGCAGGGAAGAAAGCGAAAUAAAGGAAAGAUGAUCAAUGAUUAUUUGGGCUGCGAUGGUGUAGAGAUGGGAAAUGUAGGAAAAAGGAUGGUGCAGAGAAGUCAGUCGGAUGUGGUUGAAGGUGAUGAGGGUUCUACCAUUUCGGGUAUAAGUUCGGGUUGCUGUUGACCCGUUAGCUUAAUUUCGGGUUGUUAUUCCAAAUUUUGGGACGUCCUGGAAAACUCUGUCAAGUGUUAUACUGCUAUUGGUACUUCCGGCGAAACAACAGUGAUGUUGAGGGGUACUUUCGUCUU